AUGCGGAAUCGACCCUAUCCAGUGUGCUCAGGGAAGGGAAGCACAAAAGUUGCGCGUGACAUCGCGCCAACUCGCACGUAUCGUCCCGCGCCCGAGAUGUUUUCGUCCUUCUCGCCGUCGGCCGAGGCGCACCGCCUGGUCUUCCACCACCCUCUCAACCUCACCAUCAGGCCCGUGGAGCACACGGCCUCCUCUCGUCGAACCGCCGACUGCUCGGCCGGCGUCGUGCACCCGAGCAUCCGUUCAAACGCCGUCGAGGCCAUCGGCGCUCCCCAGCACACAGUGUUCCUGCACCUCAAACUGAGCAGACCCUCUGCAAACGGCGAGCCGAGCGAUACGCUGCGAGCGGCGCGGCAGCUCAGCAGCACGGCGGUGGUGCGCCUCAGCCGCUCAGAGGACGACGGCAGGAAGCGCGGCAACAGCACGUGCCCCCGCCGCGCCGGCAGCAUGUGGGAUCGCUUCGCCAUCAUGAGCGUAGACCAUGCGGUGUGCUGGUCAAUGAUGGUCGAGCAUGAGGCCGCGACCUCGCAAGCGUUUGCUCUGUUCGUCAAGCUGCGCCCCGAUCUGCAGCUAUGCUCACCACUACCAUCCUGGCGCACGCUUGCGGGCGCGCGCGGGUUGCUUACGUGGGCAACCGGCCCCGACACGAAUAACAAGGUGCAUGACAUGCUGGGCAUCAUGCCGCGCUCGGUCGCAGCUCUGUACUUCAACGCCCAUCCGGAAGUCGAGGCCUGCGUGCCGCGAGAAGCGUACGCACCCUUCUGCCCACCAAAGUACAUGGCCCGGAGCGGCGGGGCGCGCGCGGACGUGCCGCCCGAGUGCCUGCUCAACCGUUUUCUCCGUCGGAGAGGGGUGGUUCCGAACGAUACGCUGGGCAGCCAGCGAGUGUGCUUGUGGCUUGAUCCAUCGACCGUGCGCUUCUGCGACACUGCGUCGGCGCGAAGCUGCGCGCACUCGUGGACGCUGCGCCCACGGAUUUUGUGGCCCCGGCUAAAGAGCAUGCUGGAGCUGGAGCUGCGCCAUCGAUUUCCUCACAAUUUCACGCCGAGCUGA